AUGUCUCUCACAGCAACCAAAGUGAAGCUCUCCCUCAAGGAGAAGUUGGACUUCCUUCCAGCCGUGGGAUCCAUCAUAGUAGCCUACAUCUAUGCCCUUCUAACCGGUCUCCGGCGCACCGAGCGCCAAGCCAAAACUUUGUCGCUUCAUUUGGGAUAUGCGCUAUUCCGCAAGGCGACCAUGCGGAUGACGGCCCGUCAGAUGCAAUACAUCCUACCUCCAGACCUCGUCAUCUAUGAAAAAUACUCUAAAUCGACAGGCGCUGUACCCGAGUCUGUACAAUUGGGUGAUGGCGCCUUAGGCCACUGGGUGGGCGAUCGAAAUGCCGACAAUGUGAUAAUCUGGUUUCAUGGUGGUGGCUUCGGACUCCCGGCCAAUAUGGGCUAUUUCAAAUUCUAUGCGCAGCUCGUGCGCGAUCUCAAAGCAUCAGACAAAAGCGUCGCGGUCUUCAGUCUAACUUACACGUUAGCCCCAAUCGCAGUCUACCCGACGCAACUGCGACAGGCCGUAAACUGUCUACGAUACAUUCUCUCGCAGCCAAACCGCGACCCGUCUACAGUUUUCCUGGGCGGCGACUCUGCGGGCGGGAACCUGCUUGGUGGAGUCCUCUCUCAUCUGGCCCACCCACAUGCAGAGAUUGAUGCCUUGCCGUUGCACAAAAACCUGGCCGGCGCAGUAAUGAUCGCCCCUUGGACACUUCUUGAGGAAGAAUUCCCGGGUGUUCAGGUCUACGACGGCGGCGAUAUCAUUAGUCAGGUAGUCGCGGGACCCUGGGCUUCAGCCUAUAUUGGAUCUGGUAAGCGGGACUAUUACACGGACUUGUCGACUGCGCCCACGGAUUGGUUUACGACUUUCCCCGUGAACUCGGUUCUGAUUACAGGAGGCGGGAAUGAGAUCAUGUUGCCUUUGAUCCAGGACCUUGCGGAGAAGUUUAAGAAGGGCUUUGAGAAUGUGGAGUUUUUUAUUGGACAAGGGGAGUGUCAUGUUGCGCCUGUUUUUCAUUUGGAGUUGAGGGAUAAUACCAAGACGAAGCAGGGGAAGAAGGUUGAGGAAUUCUUGACCCAGUUGAUGUGA